AAAAAGAAAAGCAGCAAACGUAUAAAGCAAAUAGAACAUAAAUUAAAGAAUAAAUCUGUUCUCAAGCAAAUCAUUUGGCAAUUGCUAGUAAAAAACAAUACGCGACAACAGCUGUCACUUAAACUCAAUUAACGAAUUGCGAACAACGAACAAAAAAUACAAAACACCAAACUUGUCAAUUGACAGUUGGCUGCUUCCGUAACGGUAAACUACUAGUGGGCUGCCCAGCUGUUUUGAAAGUCCUGCGGCAAAGGCUGUAAAAUAAACAAGGACUGUUUGCUAUUAAAACGGCUAGCUCAACGCUAACUCAAAGUUUUUUAUUGUGCAAAUCAAAGUUAUAAAAACAACAGACAGCAUAGCUGGAUAUUCUUUGGUAAAAAGCGACCCAAGCCUGUCAAAAAGGAUCUUGGACCCUGCAAGCCUGUGCGCAAUAUACGACCACUAACUAUGGGCGGCAACAUUGAGCAGCGUCCCUGGACGCCCACUGUGCGCACUGGACGCAUUGCAGCAGAAACCUCCAAUCCGGGUCCAGCUAUAGUGCAGCUGCCUACGCUUAUAGGCAGCAAAGUGCCGGACUCGAAGAAGAAGGGUGCACCCUCGUAUUCAUUUGGACACAAGCUGCGUGGCAAAUACGAAACCACUGGACCGGGACCAGCUCAAUACAAUGUGACUGGUCUGCGUGCCAAGGGCAAGGAUUAUCCACGCUCUGCCACGCUGCAGAGUCGACCCAAGGAGCUGACGCGCUUUGUUAAUCCCGGACCUGGUGAAUAUGAUGUGCUGCCUGCAUCCAAGGCGGUUAUUGAUGCCACGCCCAAGUAUACGUUUGGUCAGAAGCCGCCCAGCGCCAAGUACAGUCUCAUACCAGGUCCCAAUCAUUAUCAAGUGGUACCGCUUGAUGUUUUCAAGCCGCGUGCGCCUCGUUAUACCUUUCGCAUAAAGGUUAACGUUUAUCUUGUUAACAAUCCAGCGCCAAAUAGCUAUUGUCCUGAAAAGGUCACACAAUCAAGAAAGAAUGCGCCACGUUACACAUUCGGUAGACGAACUAAAAUCCAACACGAUAUAUACACACCAGCUCCCGGGGAUUACUGUCCCGAAAAGCUGAAUUUCAGCAGAACGCCCGAAUUUAGCUUUGGCAUCAAGCAUCAUGAGCUGCGUUCUGACUUUACACCAGCACCUGGUUCUUAUACGCCUGAAAAGGUUUGUCUAGAGCACACGCCCGCUUUUAGUUUUGGUAUAAAAACAAAGCACACACUCAUCAGCGAUUCUCCAGCACCUGGCACUUACAGUCCUGAAAAAUCGAAACUGCACACGACGCCCGCUUUUAGCAUUACGGGCAAGUCUACUCAUGAUGUUGUAGAUUGCACACCAGCUCCCGGCGCCUACGAGCCUGAGAAAUGUGUUUUAAACAAAACUCCAGCGUAUACAUUCGGCCAUCGUGUCCAGCUUGGCAAGUCAAGCGAUACUCCUGCCCCAGGCACUUACGAGCCGGAGAAGGUGCGCCUCGACUUUACACCCUCCUACACACUAGCUGGCCGACAUGCCGUCAAGUGCGUGGACCUUACGCCCGCACCAGGCUCGUACGCUCCGGAGAAAUAUCGCAGCGAUCAUAUGCCAGCGUUUAGCUUCGCUGGUCGUACGACCAUUGAGCAUAUAAGCCAUACGCCAGCGCCGUGUGACUACAAGCCAGAGCAGUGUCAAGUGAAUGGAACGCCUGCGUUUACCUUUGGUAUGAAGCUGAAGCGGGAGCAGAUUAGUGAAACACCAGCACCCACUGCAUAUGAGCCGGAAAAGCACAAUCAGCACACACCAUUGGCGUAUACGUUUGGCACCAAGACAACGCUGAAGCAACACAGCGAUGCACCUGCUCCCGGACAUUAUCAUCCCGAGCUGUGUAAGGUUGAUAGCUCGCCGGCCUACAGCUUUGGGCUGAAGACAGCGCCUUUGAUGCCGUUGCCAGAACCUAGAGGCGCUUACAUUGAAGAUCGCAUUGUACAAAGACGCGAACGACGUUUGGCAAGCCCUGUACGCAGCAACAAUGUGGAUAAGGAAAAUGUUACAACCACCAUAACAAUUGUUAGCACACAACAAAAUGAUGCGCAAGCUUCAAAGCUAUUGAAUGGUACAACAACAACCACCACCACCACAACAACAACAAAGCACAGCAAUGGCCACAAUGGCCACACUGAGUUAGCUCCAAUUACACAGCACCAAGUCUUAGCCAAUGGCAAGCACUGCGAGUCCAAGUCCAAGUCCAUUGUCAGCAGCAUGCAUCAUGAGCAAUCGGCGCAUGCGCAGCGUGGCAAUCUCAAGGUAAUGGCCAGCGGUGUUGCCGAUGCCAGCAACAGCAACUGCACCAGCCAAAGCACGCGCAGUGUGCUGCAGACCGAUGGCGCCAUUGUCACCAGCGGUCAGUCCAUUAAGAGCAGCACCGUCAAGUACGCUGUCCAGGCGAGCAGCGUGCAAGAGCAGCUCAUCAGCUCCUAACGUCUACAAAAUACCCACUGUCUUGGGCAGCAGCAAGGAGGGUCCCAUACGUUCAGCACCCGCUUAUACCAUGGCCGGACGUGA